AUGCGAAAGCCCAGGAUCCUAUAUUUUCUGACAUUCAUAUCCGGUUUACUAUGUUAUGUGUUUUGUGAAGAGACAGAGCCCAUACAGGCAACUGUAGGUGAAAUUACCGAGUGCCGUGUGGAGUUCAAACUGGAAUUGCCGGAUAAACCAGAAGGACAACACAAAGCACCUCCACGUAGUCCCCAUCAUGCUCAGGCUCCGGUGCUCACUGUUGGAGUGUAUCAGUGGGUGGAAUUACAGUGUACAUGCUGUUGCACAGAAAAAGAAGAACAAAUCAAGCGUGCUGCCGCUCGAGUAGCCGCAAUGGAUCAGUCAACCACACGUGCCUCCACAGCCAAUUACACGAUUGAUUACGAGGAACCGAUCGAAGUUGCCCUAGGAAUUGGCAGCUGGUUCGGUUUGGACGAGGACCAAGCAUACGGACUAUUUGUGGUUGCCACGGUCCCCGGGGGUGGAUUAGCUUAUUUGUUUACCUAUCUCGUACACGGGGAACGACAUCUUUCGGCUGCUUUAUCCCUGAUGACAAGCCUACUGGACACCGGGACCUCAGUUUUGUGGACGUUCGGAGUGGGUUGGUUCUGGUUCGAAAGACCCAUGCAAAUGGACAAAGCUGUCGGUUGGCUAUUGCUGAUUGCAGUCGGUCAAGCACUCGGGACAAUCAUGCGCGGAUGUCGACCCAGCGUAGCACACGGGAUCUUGACCUGGAUCACUCGACCACUGCUCCUUCUGGCCGGCAUUCUGAUGGUCACACUGGGUGUAUAUAUUAAUCACUACGCUUUCACGGAAUUCAAUCAGAAUCUGAUAUUCAGCUUGCUCUUUCUCAUCACCUUCGGAUUCGCUUUGGGGUGGAUUGCCGGACAGAUCACAGGACAGGAGAUCACCAUCACUCGAGCUUUGGGUACCGAGGCUGCUGUGUUUAACGGAUUGUUGUGUAUCCCGUUGCUCAGGACUACGGUACACGCACCGGAGGGCGAUUUGGCCGCAAUUGUGGCCGUAUGGGCCACAUUUUUUGUACCAAUACCACUGAUUUACCACGGUAUUGUGUCCGUAGUGCACCACUGGAUAACCGAUUAUUGCCAACGAAGAAAGAAACAGAACGAGCAAAAUGCGAUGAGUGCAAUUAUUGCUAACGCGGCCGGUGAUGGAACAGACCUGGGUGCGGCUUCGGUAGCGGCAGUGGCAGCGGCUGCAAUCGCAGUAGCACCGGCAAUAGCGGCAGGACCGAAAGAGGCGCGUCAGCGAGGGACACAACCCAGAACACAUGAUUCCAGUGCGGAAGGUUUCGUGAAUGUUUCCGAAUGCAGUGUGGACUUAUUCGAGACUCGUCGUGACAGUUCCAGACGCUCAGAACAUGAGCAUAUCCCAUUGAGUCACACACCUCAUGACCAAACUGCAGAUCAGCCACUAGUUCCGCUCACUUUAACAGAACUGGAUAUGAACAAGCACAACCCUGAUCGAUUGCGCAACCAUGUGCCAGGACUAUCAAAGCCGCAUAAGUCGCAAUCCCACCUGCCGAAGACUACACAUACAGAGGAUCAAGUUUUGCCUUAUCUCUUAUCGGACUAUGAUCCCCGUUCGGUGGGAAAACAGAUGGCUUAUGCUCAACAUAUUGCGCCCAUGCAGCAUCGUCAGUUGGACGAGCCUGUGCACGGAUACACUCCGGUAAAACCUCACCAAGCUCACCGCCCGACCCAUGAGAAGCACAAGCCCCCUCCUUACACUAAUUUAUGA